UGCAGUACUUUGGAGCAAUUUACAGUGCAACUUGUCCCCACAGAAUAUGCAAAGUCGCACUGUAAAUGGCAUUGCUGGAAACAGGGGCGGACUGACAACUCAUGGGGCCCCCAGGCAAUAGGGGAUCAUGGGGCCCCUGUGUCCUUGCCCAAACUCAAAAAAGCCUAUGAAAAAGGUACCAGGGGCAUCUCAUGGGGCCUCCUACUGACCCCGGGCCCUCGGGCAGUGCCCAAGUUUCCAAAUGGUCAGUCCGCCCCUGUAUGG